AUUUAAAAGUUACACAAGAAUACUUUGUGCUUUGUAUUGGUGAUGAGAAACCGAAUGAGCAUGUAUUUUCUUUAUUAAAAGAAAAUGAUGAAUUUAAAUCUUUAAAUUGCUUUACAUGUACUGUUGGAAAGAAACAAAAACAAACGAAUGCAUCGUAUUUCCUUGAAGAUAUAUGGGAUGUUCGAAAUUUAUUAGAAAAAUUAGCAUCAAAUUUGUCUAUUACCUCUUGA